CGGGCGGCAGAGGCGGUGCGGCGGAGGUGGAGCGGGCUCUGCCGCAGGAGGGAAGAUGGCGGACGAAGAGAAACUGCCACCCGGCUGGGAGAAGCGCAUGAGCCGCAGCUCAGGCCGGGUGUACUACUUCAAUCACAUCACUAAUGCCAGCCAGUGGGAGCGGCCAAGUGGCAACAGCAGUGGCGGCAGCAAAAAUGGACAAGGAGAGCCCACCAGGGUCCGCUGUUCGCAUCUGCUGGUCAAGCACAGCCAGUCCCGGCGGCCCUCAUCCUGGCGGCAGGAGAAGAUCACCCGGACUAAGGAGGAGGCUCUGGAGCUGAUCAACGGCUAUAUCCAGAAGAUUAAGUCGGGAGAGGAGGACUUUGAAUCUCUGGCCUCACAGUUCAGCGACUGCAACUCCGCCAAGGCCAGGGGAGACCUGGGUGCCUUCAGCAGAGGUCAGAUGCAGAAGCCAUUUGAAGACGCCUCCUUUGCUCUGCGGACAGGGGAGAUGAGCGGGCCCGUGUUCACGGAUUCCGGCAUCCACAUCAUCCUGCGCACGGAGUGAGGGGUGUGGACAGCUCAGGCCUGGCCUCCCGGUGUGGGGUGGGGCGGGACGGGGUGGCUGGGCCCACAGACCCUGCUCCCUGCUGCCAGCCGACCUGUGGGUCCCCCUGCCUGCUAACGUCACACAGUAUUUAUUGAUCCCAACAUGGCUGGAAGGGGGGCUCUUCACCAUCGGGGUCUCCCUGCCAGACUCCCCUCCCUUUUAGGAAUUGACUUCAGAAGGGCCUGGGGUGGAGAGGCCCUCCAGGCUCCCAGACCCAGCAGGUGGGGGUGACCUGUCCCAAAGAGAAGGCCUAGUUAGCCGAGCCACCCCCUGUGUUCCCCCAGGUCCAGGAAGGGGGUGGGGGGGCGUGCGGGCAGGAGGGCCUUAAGUUGUUUCUGGUUAUGCCAUGUUCCUCUUUUCAAUUGCAAAAAGCAGAUGCUCCGCUUGGGGCCCAGGCUGCCUGCUGCUUCGGGGCUCUCUCUACACAGCAGUGCAGCGCCCUCUCCACCCUCAAUUAAACCUGGAACCACUA